AAAAGAGAAUAUUGUUUAUGCCAGUUUAUUCAGGUGUCUUUCAAAUGUUAUCAAAAUAUUUGCCUAACUUCUUGUCCACGCUAUUUUAGUUAACCUUUAAAGUUUCCGAAUCAUAGACUGAUACAUGGCUUUUCAACUGAAAAUCGAGAAAGUUCUGAUUAGUGAUAACUUAGACAAUUGCUGCCCUGAAAUUUUAACAAAGGGUGGUAUUGUAGUCAAGACUGAAACGAAGUUAACUAAAGAAGAACUGUUGGCUGAAAUUCCUAAUUACGAUGCAUUGAUUGUCCGCUCAGCCACAAAAGUUACAGAUGAGGUUCUUGAAGCUGGCAAAAGAUUGAAACUUGUUGGUCGUGCUGGAACUGGGGUUGAUAAUAUUGAUAUCAAGUCAGCAACACGUCAUGGAGUCAUUGUCAUGAACACGCCAAGUGGAAACACCUUGAGUGCAGCUGAACAUACGUGUGCCCUGAUUGUAUCAUUAGCAAGAAAUAUACCCCAAGCAGCAGCAUCGAUGCGCGAAGGAAGAUGGGAUCGCAAGAAGUUUAUGGGAAACGAAUUGUUUGGAAAGACGCUGGGAAUUGUAGGUCUUGGAAGAAUUGGAAUGGAAGUUGCGACAAGAAUGCAAUCAUUUGGAAUGACGACCAUUGGUUACGAUCCUUUGGUGUCAGCAGAAAUGGCGGCUGAAUUUAAUGUAGAAUGGAUGGAGUUGGAGAAACUAUGGCCUCUAGUGGACUACGUGACAGUGCACACUCCACUUAUACCGCAAACUAAAGGUCUGUUAAAUGACAAAACAUUUGCCAUGUGUAAGAAAGGUGUUCGUGUUAUUAACUGUGCUCGUGGAGGAAUCAUAGAUGAGGAAUGUUUGUUGACCGCUCUUGAAAGUGGUCAGUGUGCUGGAGCCGGCUUAGAUGUCUUUGUAACCGAGCCUCCUACAGGUAUAUCAGAGAAGGUUGUUCAGCAUGCAAAUGUUAUCAGUUGCCCUCAUCUCGGGGCAAGUACAGUUGAGGCUCAAAAGAGGGUGGCUAAAGAAAUCGCCGAGCAAAUAUUGAAGGCUACAAAAGGAGAAUCUUUAUUCGGAGCCAUUAAUGCUGCAUCAUUGCAAGGUGCCCUACAGCCAGAAACAGGUCCUUGGUUGAAGCUUGGCACAGGUCUAGCCAAAGUUGCUUUGGGUUUGAAUAAGACAAAGGAAAUACGGAAGGUGAUUGUCACGACGUUUGGAGCUGGCCUCGAAAAAGCAGCGUCAUAUGUUGCUCCGAGUGUGUUAAUGGGAUUAAUUCCUGAUAUGACUCAGACAUCCAAUACGCUGAAUCUAAUUAAUGGAGAAUAUUUCGCAAAGGAAAUGGGACUGCAGGUUGAAAAGCAGCAUGAAAAUAAACCAGUUGGUGUCACAUGUGAUCAAGCAGUUUCCCUGAAGUUAGAAUAUUCUGACGAUAGCCACGUCACUCUAACGGGGACAAUAUUUGGUCCUGGUACUCCAACGCUUCUUCAAGUUGAUGACUUACCAUUUUCCUCUCCUGUUCCUCUCGUUGAUAAACUUAACUUGUUCCCAAUCUCAUCGAGCCCUGCCAAAAUUCUUGGAAAACUAUUUGAGAAAACUGGGGAAGAUAUCGAUGUAAAGGCUUUGCACUCUUCUUGGAACGGUGAACGUGGGAUAACUGUUUUAAAAAUAGACAGUGACUUUGUCUUUGAAUCCAUGUCUGUAGUAUCUUUCUGAUUUAAUUGCGAUAAUAUUUGAUGGCUUACUGGCUGUUUGUCACUAUCCACCGGUGAGCCAUGACAACCACGCUACUAAUGUCAUAAAAAAUAUUCAGAGAUAGAUUCUAAUAUCAAUACUAUAUUAUACAA